AUGGGACCCCAUGUUUAUUCGUUUACUCGCGGCUAUGGAUCUGGUGUUACUGGUCUCAGUGCGGUCCAGGAACAACAGCCCGGUGAGACGACCAAGCGUCCCGAGUCUCCCGCCAGCACUGUCGAUACUGUUCGUGUGACGCAGCUGCAGUGCCAAACCCACGGCCGGUCGUUGUGCCAGUUCAGUUCGAGCUGCUGUGUGCAUAAACCCGUCACUGACUGCGGCUGCCCCCCCAAACACUCCUGCUGCUGCACUCACCAUUUCGGGGACUGCUGUCACUGUGUCCAGACUCCUCCCAGUGAGGGUGACGGGGAUACAUCGAGAACGGUCACCCCCUCGGCCGCCCCGGCGCCUGCCACGUCUGCCGAUACGACAACCGUCGUGAUGACCCCUCCGUCUGUGUCCCCCAUUGAUCAAUCCGAGCUCAAUUUCGAGGAUGCGGCGCUGCUUUCCCGCUAUCUGGUGCAGAGACUGGAGCGGAGCGAGCUCUGUGACUUCCACAUCACCCUACGUUCCAAGCAAGACCUCUUCUGGCCGCUCACCUUCCUCACGCACAAGGUCGUCGUCGCUCGCAGUCCCCUCAUUCACACCGUUCUCCAGGCGGACCCUCACUACCAUACCCUCGGCGAGAUUGUCUGUCUCUCGAGCGACAACUUUUGUCUUGUCAAGCCCUUUGAGCUCGUCGUGCAGUAUCUCUAUGGCCUGCCCCUGCUGCGUGCGGACCAUCUCCAACCCAUCACGCUCGGGGCGCUCGGUUACGACCCUCUCCCGAAUCAAGAUGGAAAGGGGGCAGAGCCCGUUUACCCUUUUUCUCUGCCGGCUGCGAUGGUGGACCUGGCGCUCUGCUAUGGGGCAUGCGGGGCAUUCUUUUAUCUCCCUCCGGUUGUCAACGCGGGAUUCAAUAUUGCCCUUGGCCUGCUCGGCUGGGAGACAGUUGAAUGGAUCCUCCACUUUGGCCUACAUAUCGAGAGAUACGCCGUGACGAUGGAUACCGACCCCGAGACCCCGUACCCUCUCCCGUUCCUGAGAAACCGAUGGGCACCGCGUCUCAUCACCGCAGCCCUCGAGUUUGUGAUCAAGCAUAUCACGGCGGACUUUGCUCUGUAUCGUCCGGCGCAGUCCGAUAAUAUCCCGGACCGCAUCCCCUACUUCCUGCGCGUCAAAUUUGGCACGCUUCCUAAACCCGAUCCUUUGGCGGCUCCUCCGUCUGGCGGACCCAGCACCGAACCCGAGAACCCGGCUCCAGAGGUUCUCGUUCCUUCGAUCGUCCUGCUCGGUCUGCCGUUUGCCCAGCUUCAGGUAGUCUUUACGAUGAUGGCUGCUCGACGGGUGCUUUCGAAUUCUCUGGCACAGGGGAUAAUUAUGGAGCGGGAGGCGAGACGGCUGCGUGCGUUGAAGGCAAAGGCAAAGCAGAGUGAAGAGGAUAACGCAGAAGAAGAAGUGCCCGAGGAAGUGCAGGAGCUGGGAUAUCGGGAGUUUUAUAGCUCCAAGGGCAAGUUUUCAGAGUCGUCCGAGGUGGAGAUGGAAAUUACUCUGGAACGAGAAUGGGUUGGAUUUGAAUAGGUUCCUGGGUUUCCUGCCAUGGAGUGAAGCUGAGUUGAGAUCCUGGGUCGAUAGCUGUUAGGUAGAGAGUGAAGAAUGAAUUCAGUCUACAUCUUUCUCAGU